CAGAAGGUGCCAGGGUGAAGAGAGCAGAUGAGCAGGGGCAUGGGACUCUGUCCUCAGGCCCCUCUGUGGCGAGGCAGUGAUGCGGUGAGGAAAAACCACGUGGUUUGGAGACAGAAGGACUGAGGUGCAUCCGUUAUCGACUGUGCGACUUUGGAUACACUGCUAACUUCUCUGAGGCCCAGUUUCUCUGACAAAAGUAGAAGUAAUACUGUUUACUUCACAUAGGAUCACUGUGUGGAAUAAAUGAGUACAUUCACCUGCAGCACUCCCUUCAGGGCCUGGCGCUGAGUCAGCGUUCGAGCAGUGAGCAGUUUAUACUGUGAACCCAGUAAAAUGAUGCACACAGAUGCCUUUGGACCGUUUUGAAGGGCCACGAACCCAUAAGUUGGUGUUAAACAGGUUAUUACCCAUUUCUCAUAAUGUACUGGAAGUCUGUGAAAUAUUCAGUUUGGAGCCUGGAAUAGUCUGAGUGUCAGGGCACCUCCCACUUUCACUGACCAGCAAAUGGGGACACGGAGCCUGGAUGGAAGGGAGGAGGAGAUGACUACGGGGAAGGGAGAAUUGCUGGACGAGCCAAGGGGAGACUUGUCGAGGGGAAGGGCAGGACUUCCCUGACCAUGGCUGGAACCCGGGCGCUUCUGAUGCUGGAAAACUUCAUCGACGGGAAAUUUUUACCUUGUGACUCCUAUCUAGACUCUUAUGACCCGUCUACAGGGGAGGUGUACUGCCGAGUGCCGGACAGUGGAAAGGCAGAGGUCGCCGCGGCAGUGGCCGCCGCCAGAGCAGCCUUCCCUGGCUGGUCGGCCCACAGCCCCCAGGAGCGCUCACAGGUGCUGCUGCGGCUGGCGGACCUGCUGGAACAGUCGCUGGAGGAGUUUGCGGUGGCCGAGUCCCGAGACCAAGGGAAAACCAUAACCCUGGCAAGAACCAUGGACAUUCCCCGGUCUGUGCAGAACUUCCGGUUCUUUGCCUCCUCCAUCCUGCACCACACGUCACAGUGCACGCAGAUGGACCACGCGGGCUGUCUGCACUACACCGUGAGGGAGCCUGUGGGCAUCGCUGGUCUGAUCAGUCCCUGGAAUCUACCACUGUACUUGCUGACCUGGAAGAUCGCUCCCGCCAUCGCUGCUGGCAACACCGUGAUAGCCAAGCCCAGCGAGCUGACUUCCGUGACGGCGUGGAUGCUGUGCCAGCUCCUGCAGAAAGCAGGUGUUCCCCCAGGUGUGGUCAAUAUUGUGUUUGGAACCGGGCCCAGGGUGGGCGAGGCCCUGGUGUCGCAUCCGGAGGUGCCUGUCAUCUCCUUCACUGGGAGCCAGCCCACGGCCGAGCGCAUCACACAGCUGAGUGCCCCCCACUGCAAGAAGCUCUCCCUGGAGCUGGGGGGCAAGAACCCUGCCAUCAUCUUUGAGGAUGCCAACCUGGAGGAGUGUGUUCCAACAACCGUCAGGUCCAGCUUUGCCAACCAGGGUGAAAUCUGCCUCUGUACCAGCAGGAUCUUUGUCCAGAAGAGCAUCUACAGUGAAUUUUUAAAGAAGUUUGUAGAAGCUACCAGAAUGUGGAAGGUUGGCAGUCCCGCUGAUCCAUCGGCCAGCAUGGGAGCUCUCAUCAGUAAAGCUCAUUUGGAGAAAGUCAGAAGAUACGUCAAGAUAGCCCGUGCUGAAGGGGCCCGGAUUCUGUGUGGUGAGGGCGUGGACCGGCUGAGUCUUCCCCCUGGGAACCGGGCGGGCUACUUCAUGCUUCCCACAGUGAUAACAGACAUCAAGGAUGAGUCCCGCUGCAUGAAGGAAGAGAUAUUUGGUCCAGUGACGUGUGUCGUCCCCUUUGAUAGCGAAGAGGAAGUGGUUAAAAGAGCCAACAGUGUUCAGUAUGGGCUGGCUGCGACCGUGUGGUCAAGCAAUGUGGGGCGUGUCCACCGGGUGGCCAAGAAGUUGCAGUCCGGCUUGGUUUGGACCAACUGCUGGCUCAUCAGAGAGCUGAACCUCCCUUUCGGGGGGAUGAAGAGUUCUGGGGUAGGUAGAGAAGGAGCCAAAGACUCUUAUGAAUUCUUCACUGAAAGCAAAACCAUCACCAUUAAACACUGACCUCGGCCGGUAGAGAAGCUAUUGCAGUCAAUGCCUGGUUGCAGAGAAUCAGUUGUCCAAAGUGGUGAAUGGAAAUGCUGGCCUAAAUUCCAGCCAUGUCUUGACUCAGCAGAAUGUUAUUUCUAGUUUACCUCAGUAGUUAGUAUUUUUACCCACUGGGAUGAGGAGAUGCUGUCUAUCUUCAAUGUUGAGUCGAAGAAGAGAAAACGUCUGACUAGGAAGUCAUGAAAGGGAAGCCAAAUAAUUGUUAGGCUCCUCCUAGGUUGUGUCUUCACAGCAUUUUUUUCAUCAUGUUUAUUGAACUCUUCAGAAUUCACAGAUAAUCAGAAUUUUUUCAUUUGCAAGUAUAUAUAUAUAUAUAUAAAAUCUACAAAGCCAAAGAGAAACAAAUCAGUGUAAUUUCCUACCUUGGGGAGGCUGUUGAGAUGGUCUCCUCAUCCAUCAGCCAUUGGUGGCUAACUGGUAAUUGACUACACCUCAUUAUGUAAGGGGGCCAUGAAUGUUGAUCAUAAACAUAAUACAGAGUUUGUCAGAGAAGUCACAUGUCAUAGGUCCUGCUAAAUAUAUCUAUGCAAGGACAAAAAAUAAAAUAAAAUAACUACUACUUUUGGAGGAAACUUGGAACAAGAAGAGGAAAUAGUUCAAUCCUUUCCUACUGUGGAGUCUAAUCAAUUCCAAUUCUUAGUGUACGUAUCUCAUGAGACUUACAACUUACUAAUCUUAAAAGAAUAAAUGUUAAGCAAUUUCAGUGACCGGCUUCCA